UUCCGUUAAGAGUAACAUGGCGGAACAACAAGGGGAUAUUUUUUUUGAGUUUUCGCCAGACUUCAUCACCAAGACAUGGUUAGGCAGGCUAAAAUGCGUAGAGUUGUUGUUUACGCUUUUGGCUGGUGCCUGUGGCUCAUCAGUUAGUUCGUGGAUUUACAUUAAUGGCAGCGGGUAUGGAUGCGGUUGUGUUGGAAAACUUACCUUCUUCGAUUUCGUCGCAUGGACCGCGUUCGUAAACGCUCUCAUCGACAUAAUUCUCCAUCUGAUUGGUUUUUGGGAAAAGCUACUGUGGUUUUUCCGCCAUCCUGUCCUAUUCCUAGUUCUUUGUGGGCUGGCUGUUUUGGGUUUCUUAAUUGGCUCAUCGCUGACAGCUUCGUGUGCAAAACAUAUUUGUGUUACAAGUCCAAGCACCGCAGGUGCAGCCACCUUUUUCGGUUUCGUCUGCUUGGCUCUGUUCGCUGUGGAGUUCUUCAUGCACUUUCAAAUGUACAGGGAUAUGAAACGAGAGACACCGCAUCCUUCUUCAGCUGCAGGCAUGGCACCAGAUUACAUAGAACCACCCCCAGCUAACCCAUAAAACUACCAGCGGUGUUGUUCAGUUGAGUGGUUGAGACUUCCUAUUUGUUCACAACCAGUACUAGUUCUUCUGUUUGCAGUUUUAUAUCAUUGUUUUAUUCAAGGCUGAAAAUUACGCAAGUUUUAGAGUGAGAUAGAUUGGUCAGGCCUCGAGAAAGACUUCAACUCUAACGAGCAACGUACUCUGCGACAAGUUCUGUCUGCGUCCUUAAAUACAGCCUUGCACUCAAUUAGAUUCCUAACUCCCUGUACUAAUAUUAUAUAACCUGUUUUGGGAUCGAUAUUUUUACAUAUGCUUAUGGACUCACGUAUCUUUUUAAGGUAAGCUGAAACUGCUGUUUUAGAGAUAAUCGAUCGACGAUUUAAUUAAUUGAACUGCGAUUUACAACCUACCAACACCCUCUUUUAUCAAGAGAAAGCAAAUUAGGGUGUGUCUGAUCUGCUAUGUACUUAACUAAUUAAACCACUUAACCUUUUAACUCCCAGAUCAAAUUUGUUAUUUAUCCUUACAGUCCACCAUACAAUUCUUAGAAUGUUAGUUCAGGGAAUUUAGUAUUGGGUCAACUAAUUAUCCCCCAAAUUGAUAUUUGUCUUUAUUCUCAUCACUUAUCUGGUUGAUAUUGCAUUGAUAUAGAAGGGAAAAAUUCUGUCUUGAUCACUCAUGGGAGUUAAAGGGUUUAAUGGCUGUUGAUAUCUGGCAGCCUUUAAACUUUAAUUACAAAAUGACUUGAGAAACUCCAUAAUUAAGAGGGAAGGUUUUGGACCUGUGGCGUUUUUCUAAAGGUAUUGAUCUCACAGAAUUUUCAAAUUUGUGGGGAGGACGAAGGUUUAUGGCCAGGCUGAUAAACCCUUAAACUCUCAGCUUCUGAUUCUCCCUUCUCCCUGCCACAUAUUACUUUGUAAACUAUUAAAGAGAAUUUGUUGUUAUAAGGGUAGUAUGCUCUUGCUGAAGAGUCUGUAUUUUCUGGAGAUGUAAUCAGAGUUCUUAAGUUAAUUUGCUGGGGUGAGACACCUCAGGCCUCACUUACCUGACUGGGAGUGGGGUAUGGGAGCAUGCUCCCCUCCCCCAAAGAUUUGUGAGAAUUUCUACUGUGGGUAAUUGUUCUAAAGCAAACACGAGAGGAAAAGGAGUAAAUUAUGUUCAGAGGGAAAGGAACCCUUUAAGUAAUGGGCUCCUGAGAGGGAUAAUUAAUUUUAUCGGCACUAACUAAUUAAAGCUGUGGUUUACUAUGUCAAAAUUAACAGUUUAAAUCAGAAACCCUGAUUGUAUGAGAAAUAAUGACUUCAGUGUGAAAGCCUAACUUUGAAUUGGUUUGUGUGAGUCUCAUGUUCAAUGUAUGAGACUUGAGAGCUCUCUGUAAUGAGCAGGACUGUCAGUUGAAGUCAGAUGUAAAUAACUUCUUGGAAUUAAAUUAAAAGAUGGAGUAUAUCUAAUAAAGUUUUUUCAGGAGCCCAAAAUUCUGUCUGCCUU